AGUUAUGUCUUCCACACCACAGUUGGGUAGCCUUGCAAUUCAAGCUCCCAGCUUGACUCCUCAGAUUGUACACGUCUCACCGGAAACAUGCUUGAAUUUAUCGAUGUUCAAAGCGGUGUUACGAAGUUAUCGAGGACUCGAUGAUACAAUCAACAUGCGCCUGAAUCGUACGGCUGCAUUCAUGCAUGACCAAGAGCGACAAAAAGUAAGUCGAAGCAAAUUAUCCGCGGAAGAACAGGCUUGCUCGCGGUUAUGGCAAGAACUCGUUUCCAAUUGGAGUCGCAGAAAGGAGCUCAUAGAGUACUGCGUGGGGGUUGUGGACAAGUCUAAUGAAGAAAAGCAAGAAAUUGUCGACAGUCAAACAUCCAGCCCCAGCGAAGUACGAAAGGCUCGCGCGGAAAAGUACUCCCAAGAAGUCAAGCGUGACCAAAUACACAAAGAACUUUCAGUUGAAACGAUAGUAAAGCAACGCUCUAUAGAUGUAUUCAGAUCCAGGUGUAUGUAUUUUGUGCCACCAUUUACGGACGUGGAGGCGCGUAAGUUGUGGGACGCCGCUACUGGUUCACGAUAGCCAAUGAUACUUUUUACUGUGCUUCAACUUGUAUUUCUGUGCCAGUGCUGUUCAGAAGACUAUGUAAGAGCGCUGACGUCACAGAAAGAAGUAUCGGAACCAGAUCGAAACCCAAAUUCGGGGCAACUAUAUAUACCGCUUUGACUUGUUAAU